CUCUCAACAUCCAACGCGGCAUAUUCUAACCUCAGUAGCCCUUUUCCCAGGAACUCGGGGCCAUCAUCGAAACAUAUGAACUUUUUGGAAUAUCAAAGAACGUCUCAAAAACAGAUACCUAACAACAACCGUAAAUUCGUCAUAUCAGACACCACAUCUCGUUUCCUCUUUGGCAUUCUUUUAGCUCCAGAGUAAAGUCAUCUACUCAUCUUCAGUCACGACCUUCGUCCCGUUUUUUUCUCUUCCUCACAAUGUCAGACGAUCUCAAAGACGAAAUAGAGGCUCUCAACUCCAUCUACGGAGACGACACUCUUCGGCCCUCGCCGCCCAACUACAUCCUCGUCCUACCCGGCGGCCCGGGCGCCACGUCCCUGACCAUCCACUUCUCGGACUCGUACCCAGACGUGCCGCCGGAGGUCCUAGGCACCCACAGCGCCGGCGAGAACGCUCCCCGCGGCGCUGGCGCGCGCGACCUCGCCAUCUUCCGCGAGGCCGUUGCCGCCGUCUACCAGCCCGGCGCCGUAUGCCUGUUUGACGCUGUCGAGGAGUUCUCGAGACUGCUAGAGGUGCACGCGGAUACCGAGCCGUCUGCGCCGUCGCCUCCGCCCCGCGAAGAGGUUGAGUACGAGACGCAACCCGCGCCUUCGUUCCUCUCGGAGGAGCCGCCGUGGAUCGCCUCGGAGCCGUUCGUCGAGCUCAAGUCGGUGUUCCUCGCCCGCGCCGCCCCCGUCACCUCGCCCGAGCAGGCCGCUGGCUAUGUCCAGCACCUUCUCGCCACGGACAAGAAGGUCCGCACGGCGACGCACAACAUGACGGCGUGGCGCAUCCGAGGACCGAACGGUACCAGCUUCCAGGACUGCGACGACGACGGAGAGACGGCGGCCGGGAGCCGCCUGCUUCACCUGAUGCAGUUGAUGGAUCUGUGGGAUGUCAUGGUGGUGGUGUCACGCUGGUACGGUGGCCAGAAGCUGGGCCCGCGCCGGUUCGCUUUGAUUAACAGUGCUGCGCGAGACGCUUUUGUCAAGGCCGGCUGGGUGGAGGAAGCUGGGCAAGGCAAGAAGAAGGGGCACGGCAAAUGAGACGACGCGCGCGCGCGCGCUGUGUUCGACCCAUGAAGGCGCCACACCUCGGCCCGGCAGAUCGGAGCUAUGGCAUGUCCGACAACAAGGCUUAACGUGGAGGACAAGUCCCCAAUUGACAUGUA